ACAUCGAAGAAAGGAAAAGGAUCCCGAUAUGCGACUGAUAGCAUCGAUAGGCGCGAUCGUUCUGUUGAUCGGAUCUUGCGCGGCCAAUCAAGACUUCUUAACGAACUCCUUAAAUGAGUGUAUAAAAGCGGAAUCAUGGAUGUCCUGUCUGAAGCAUCAAGUUUUGAGUUGUCUCGAUGACAAGUUGGGAACUACCACCGAAGCGAGAUCACUCGAAACCGUCGACGAGGCGAUUGUUGCCAGAAUCAUCAAGUAUAUGAAAAGUUUCGAUUAUGGGAUCGAUUUACCCUUCGUCGAUGCUAGUUUAAAAUAUAGACCUAGCAGAAGUUUAAUCGAUCUUGAUGUCGAAUUCAAGAAUAAUGACGUAGCCACCAAUCAAGCGCGAGGACUUUUGAAGAAAAAGCUUUUACUACCGUUCUUGUUAUUGCUGAAAUUGAAGUUGAAAGCUCUAAUGCCCAUUUUUGUCGCCAUUAUUGGAUUAAAGGCGUUAAAAGCUCUUGUUUUAUCGAAGCUCGCUCUUCUCGUCGUGAUCGGAUUUGUCGCUCUACAACUCUUUAAGAAAGGUGGCAUGAUGAUGCCGACAGGAAUGUCCAUAGAACCGGCAUCAACAUAUGGUGCUCCACCUAUGCCCUCGACGACGUCGAGCUAUGAACCCGCCAAUACGUGGGACGGCAACGGCCCGUAUUCCCGCGUUUGGACGCCGACUAAUGGUGUGGAAGCCCAAAAUCUUGCUUACAGUUAUUAUUCACCCGGCAGCGGCUCGAGCUCAUACAACUCGGUAGGCGCCUCUUCAUCGUCCUCGUCCUCGUCCUCAAGCAGUUCAACGAAUUAUAAUUAAAGUCGUUCUAAUACCCGACUUCGAUGACGCAUCGAUCGCCCGAUGUUGCCCUCGAAUGAAUUCUCGAUCACACGUCGGCAAAUAAGACACGACCAAAGAAAUGCCAAAUAAAUAAUUACAAAGUAGAUCGCGAUCGAUGUUGACAAAACAUCAAUUUUGUUAUUGAGAGUUCUGUAUUUAAAGACUGUCGACUCUGCAUCGGCUAUAAUCGUAGAAUUGUUUUGUUCUUAACAAAACCUGCUUUCAGCUCGAUAUCGAAUUGUUUUGUUGUUAACAAAACUUGUCUUCGGCUCGAUAUCGGAUUAAUUUGUCGAGGAAUUAGUUGCGCCAAUUAAAUUUUUGAUGAAGUUUAAGAAUCCAAAAUACAUAUCAACAUCCUCAAGUCUAUAGCUAAUAUUCAUAAUAUGCGUCUGUGGCGAAAAAAUUAAAUUAAAAUCUUUUACAGAAUUAUUCACGAAAUCAUU